GUAAAUUAAUAAACAUGUCCAAAUUUUCAUUUUCUUUUUCACCUACAUUUCAAAAUUCCCAGUUCAGUUCAAUACCUCCAAAUAUCGAUAUAACAUGAUGCAACCAAAUAUGGAAUAAAAGUGCAAACGGUUUUGCGAUACCCUAUAUCGCCACUCCUAGACAAACCAGCUUAUCAGAAUUUUUUCAGCGCGCCUGAUAUAAAAUAAAGUGUUAUGACGUAUACCUAAACAGUAAGUGUUGCACUCCGUUGCAAUAAUUGUGCACUUUUUAUUGUGAGACCGGAAAAUGGCCACGUGUAGCGCGUUGAGAGGCUCAUUCGAGACCAAUGAUGAAGACGCCGAACAAAUCAGGGCAUUAACGAGAUAUCCAGAUGGGAGCGUCAAACUCAGAAAUCCAAAUAUUGAACUCAUGGAUCAAGACAUUUUGUAUCACUUAGCCUUGGGUAGUGAAUCUCAUGACUUAGUGGAGAUGUUCGGCGAUGUCAAGUUCGUAUGCAUGGGAGGAACGCCGAAACGUAUGGAAGACUUCGCACACUACAUAAUGCAAGAAAUAGGAUACAAAAUACCUACCGGCACAAAGCUGAUGGACAUAAGUCAGUACUCUUACAGGUACUGCUUGUACAAAGUCGGUCCUGUACUUUCCGUUAGUCACGGUAUGGGUCCUUCGUCAAUCUCCAUUUUACUUCACGAGAUCAUCAAACUCAUGUACCACGCCAAAUGCAAAGACCCCAUCUUCUUCAGGAUUGGAACAUGCGGAGGAAUCGGUAUAGAAGGUGGAACUGUUGUUAUAUCUGAUAAUGCCUUAGAUGGGUUGCAGGAUAACAACUAUGCCGUAGCAACAUUGGGUAAAUUAGUAAAACGCCCAGCAAGGUUGGAUAAAAAGCUAGUCAGAGAACUGCAGGCCUUAGCUCAUUCUGACGAUCCGUAUGAUACUGUCACAGGUACAACGAUGUGUACCUCAGACUUUUAUGAAGGUCAAGGGAGGCUUGACGGUGCCUUCUGCGAAUACACGGAGGCUGACAAGAUGGCAUUUUUGAAAAACUUGAAAGAAAAACACAAUGUGACAAACAUAGAGAUGGAAAUUAUUCCAUUUGCUGCUUUGACCCACCAUGCUGGAAUCAGGGCUGCUGUAGUUUGCGUGGCGCUUUUGGAUAGACUCAGGGGCGACCAGAUUGGUAUACCAAAGGAUGUGAUGCAGGAGUGGCAGCUACGACCUCAAGUGCUAGUAGCACGUUAUAUCAAGAAGACUCUUGGGAUAAAUUGAAGUAUUGAACAAAACAGAAACAAUGAAAUCGGCGAUAAAAAAUGAAUAGUUGAGCGACAAGCGUUUCCCGUAAGAGAUUAGCCAACAUUGAGCUUUAUAUUGGUGGAAAAGAGCUUGUGUUCGCAAAGAUGGGUUACAAAUAAACACUGCAUUUUUUUAGUCUUUCAGGUUUUCGUUCACAUAACUCGAGGUCGCAACUCCCAAAGAAGUAAUGAACGAAUGGCAGUUAAGACCUCAAAUUCUCAUCGCUCGCUACAUAAAGAAAUACCUGCAGAACAAAGGCCGCAUCUCCUUCGAUGGACACGGCUCGAUUGCGGUGAAGAGUCCCAGAAGAUUCAAACUCGUGCAGCAGGAAUCGCAGAGCAUCGAGUGAAUAUUGUUGAAACUUAGUUAUAUUUUUUUAAUAUCAGUUCAUGUGAUUGUUACGUACUUUGAUAAAUUUUCGUAAGUCUCGGUAUUUUCACUAAGCAGGGGGGUGCCAGGGGGCCCUCAAGGAUCAGCUUUUCAAAAAGUUUUUGGUACAGAUACACUUCUGCUCUCAAAAAGCUUUGUGAGAGAUACAGUUUUACGAAAGGUAUAUGUCCGGCCGCCCUGAGGAAAAGGCCUGCGGGCGCUCAUGCACCGAACUCGUUCAUCUACAGUCAAAUUAAUCCAAGUGAUAGUUACAGGUAUGCGUGAGUUUGUUAUACUAACGUCGUAAUUUUUUGGCAUCUCAAAUGACGUACAUUUUUUCAAAAAUAAGGACGUCAUUUUUAAGACGUCUAUUUUUCUAAUCACAACGACGUUAUUUUGAGAAGUCUAUACGUCAUUAUGUGACGUUUAUACGUCGUCUCACAAGACUUUGUGAUGCCUGUAAUGCUCAAAACUCAAGUCACUUCUGGUAUUCUAAUUACUGCGAGAUUUUAACAUUUUGUAAGCAAGCACAAACAUUGGUUUCUCGUAUCUGAUUCAUAGAUGGUACAAUAUAUUUCAAUUAUUUAAAUAAAAAAACCAUCAGACCUCAGAAAAUCAUUUUCUUAAAAAAACGUUAUCCUUCAGUAUGUCAGGGACGCACCAGCUCAAAUAAUGCACCUAGUUAUAUUCAUGAACGCCCACAGUUGGGUGGAAGGAGGGCCGUGGUUCUCUCCCCUGAGAAACCGGUUGAACCAUAAAAUUCGCUUAUUUUAGGAUUUAGCCUUCUCUACCCCCCUAAAAAAAACUUGCUAUCCCCCGCUCCUCAAAAAGUUGGGGAUAGGGAUCGGACUUCCCUAAGAAAAAUUCUUACGGGCGUCCAUGAUUACAUUAAAGUUAAUUUUUAAAAACCACUUUUAGAUCAUUUAAUUUGACUGCAAAUGAAUGGGCCACACCAUUGAAUGUUUCCAUACAACAAUUAAGUAUUAUAUAACUUAUUAUGUAUAUGUGCAUAUUAUAAUAAUGAUCAAAUGAAGCAAUUAGGUAUAUCUUUUCAUAUUUAUUUUUCUUAUGUAAUUAUUGUACCGUGCGCUAUCAAAGUAUCGCCAGCGUUACAUUACACUAUUGCACAAUGUCUAAAAUGUUUGCUAGAAGUAUAAUUCCGAUCUUAUUAUAAAAAAAAGUUACAUCCAGACAUAUCAUGGAGAGACUCUUCCGUUUUUAUUUUUGUGUAUGAAAAAGUGACCAUCGUACCUACUCAAGAGAAUUCCCUUUUAAUUACUAUAUAGUUAUAUUAAUUAAUAUUAAGUAUUGACGUAUCGUAAGGAGAUGAGAGCCCAGAGUGCAGAAACAUCAGUAGUUGGUAAACCGUUGCAUUGCUGUUCAAUUUAAAAACAUCUACUGCCUUUAAUGUCCCGUAAUGUGCUUAACACCAAGAUUGUCGUCUUAAAGAAUCCACAAUCAGAUGGAAUUUGCUACUAUUAAUCCUGUACUAUUAACUCUUCCAAGCGAAACACACUACGGCGGCCACACACGUUGAGUGUUUCAAAGCGCAAUAACCCAGGAAUAUUAGAUAUGCUUUGCUAAUAAAUCAGAAUAAAUUAUUGAAGUCAUUUUAUGUGGAAACAAAAGCUUUUACGUGAUCUAUGUACCUCAACACCUAUUUUUACCAUCAAGAAACCUUUAAAACGUGUUUUGUUGUGGAUAUGCUUUGUAGGUAGCACCACUACAUUUGUAGGAAUCCCAAAAGGAAUAUAAUUUCGGGAUCUGCUUUUUGAUAUUGCCCUCCGUGAGAUGCUAGGAUAACAGUGUUGGUCAGUUUGAAAUAGAACUGACUUCGAAACUGAAACUACCCUUGUGAAGGAAUAAGUAGUAUAUGGUGAAUCAAAAUAUAUGAAUCUACUAAAUUUUAGGUUUCACAUUGUUACCUGUCAAGUUAAUAUCUAAGCCGUAGGUUCAAGUUUGUAUAUAAAUAGAUAUUAAUUCAAAUACAGUUCUUGGAUUUUGUCAACUAGAAUAGAACAAAUCAUAUUUUAAGGAGCCACUGUUAUUAGAUCUCAAAUUCAAAAGUUAGUAAUUUUAACAUUUCCAAAUCAGAGAGCAUGCAGUAGAGAAUCACCAGACCAUGUAUAUUGGAGGAUGAAGAUGUAUUUAACAAAAAUUUGGGAAGCGUAAACACAGAAACAAAUGAUUAUCACGUAUCAAGUAAAUUCCGAUAUAUUUUCUUAUGUAGGCCACGUUUUGAUCCAAUUCUCGGAAACAGGUGAUUUAAGGCUUCAACUGUUAUAUAAGCUAGUAAUAGUCUUCGUAUUCCUAUUUGUGAUAUGUUGCCUCUUAAUUGUGUAGCCUUGGAUAUUUCAGAGAACAGCCCCAACAUCACAUCGUAAGCCCUCUAUUAGUCAUAAUAAAUAAUGAAAUAUAUUUAAACAAUCUUGAGAAAUAAUUUAGUUUCAUUACCAAGCCCCAAUAGCAAAGGUCUUUCCGAACCCCAAAAUUGAACCAUCUCACGUUGAUAUGUAUUGUACUUAUGAAAAACAGUGCUUCCAAGGCAUUUUUACGAUACAUUGAAAAAACUAAUAUUUACACUGCCUAAUGUGUGUGAAGAAUAUUUUUGGCAAAACUUGAGCAGUACUUUCACCUUAAGUACAUGCAACCUAUAUAAUAUAUUCUAAGCAGUGGAUGUGUUAUGAUUUUCUAGCUUGGCAAAAUUUACCUUUUAAACGAAUAAGCAUAAAAUUUAUCCUAAAUGUUAAUUACAAUAUUGUAGUUAUUAUAAAAGACAAUAUCUUUUAAACUAUUAAGAAUGACCUUAUCUUGUAGACAACGAUUAGUAGUGAUGACGAAAAUGCCUAAAAAACAUCAAGAGGCUUCUAAACAAUUUUUAAUUUCAAGUUUGAUGUGGUGCCAAUUUAGUGUUGAUUCCCUUUCACGAUCCAAAGUUUGUCCAGUUUAUAAAAAUUGUUUCUAGGCCCAGAAAAUGUUAUUGUUGAAUCUGCUCACCCGUUAUACCGUUGUUCUUGAAAAAUUAUAAAUAAUUAACAAAUAUUAAAGGCGCAAGCAGCUUGUUAUUUGUGAAGUUGGUUUUGUUGUUUCGUUAUAUGACCAGUUUCCAUAAAAACCACAUAAGCCCAUGGUUCAAAUUAUUGUAGGUUGUAGCAAAGUUUGUUAAUGGAGGAAGAUGUUAGGGAUACCUACCGUCAACAUGAGGUUUUACUAAAAAUUAUGCCAAAAAGCCAUUCUUACAACUUGAAUUAGAUGUUAACGAACUUUGAUAUAAAUUAUGUGUGAACCAUAUGGAUUUAUUAGAGUAGAUUAUAGGAUCUGGACAAAGUACUUUCUUAAGCAUAAAAAUUGCAAUUGCACAAUAAUUAAUACAUUAUAAACGUAAUUAUGUUAUAAAGGAUGCUGUUGAUGUGUACAAAUAUAUGUGUUUGUAAGUUAUUGUUGAUUGAUGUAUGUGUCAUUAGAUUUAGUCAGUGAUGAUUGAAAAUUGUAUCAUUUGAAAUAAAGUUUAUUGAAGGGAACUUCCACAAA